AGAUUCACUACAGUAUGACUGCCUGGCUACUGUUCUGCUCCUGUGCCCCAGCACUUGCUACCCUGUGAUUUCAGAUAACAAACAUAAGUGAGUUAUAAAACACGUGGUAAGAAACCAAAAGCAACCUGCCUUUACUGAGUUCUCAAGAACAUAAUCGACCCCUUGGUACAUUAUCAAGAUGCAUUAGGAAACUGGAUACGGUGCCAAAAGAACUCCAUGUGUUUCCAUGACUCUCUUGGACCCUGACUCAGAUACUUUUGGAUACAUAUUUCUAUUCUAAGGAGAAGAGUGUGUACUCCAAUUCCUUUCUGCCAGCCUGCUGGCAGAGAUAUUUCACCAAGAUCAUGGACCAUACUAAUAGGGAAAAGGAUGAAAGGCAGCGGACGACGAAAGAAGGAAGGAGCGUGCAUGGUUCUCGACCAAGCUCAUCGGCGUCUUCUGGUGUUCUUAUGGUGGGACCCAACUUCAGAGUGGGCAAGAAGAUUGGGUGUGGGAACUUUGGAGAACUCAGACUAGGUAAAAAUCUCUACACCAAUGAAUAUGUAGCGAUCAAACUGGAACCAAUAAAAUCACGUGCACCACAACUCCAUUUAGAAUACAGGUUUUAUAAACAACUCGGAAGUGCGGCUGAAGGGCUUCCCCAGGUGUAUUACUUCGGGCCGUGUGGAAAGUACAACGCCAUGGUACUAGAGCUGCUUGGUCCCAGCUUGGAAGAUUUAUUUGACCUCUGUGAUAGGACGUUCACUUUGAAGACGGUAUUAAUGAUAGCCAUCCAACUGAUCUCUCGGAUGGAGUACGUGCACUCGAAGAACCUCAUCUACCGAGACGUCAAGCCAGAGAAUUUCCUUAUUGGCCGGCAAGGCAACAAGAAAGAGCACGUCAUUCACAUCAUAGACUUUGGAUUGGCGAAGGAGUACAUCGACCCGGAAACCAAAAAACACAUACCUUACAGGGAACACAAGAGCUUAACUGGAACGGCGCGAUACAUGUCCAUCAACACUCACCUCGGCAAAGAGCAAAGUCGUCGAGACGACUUGGAAGCCCUCGGCCAUAUGUUUAUGUAUUUCCUUCGAGGCAGUCUGCCCUGGCAAGGAUUGAAGGCUGACACCUUAAAAGAGAGGUAUCAGAAGAUUGGGGACACAAAGAGAAACACUCCGGUUGAAGUUCUCUGUGAGAACUUUCCAGAGGAGAUGGCCACGUACCUCCGUUAUGUUCGGCGAUUAGACUUCUUUGAGAGACCAGACUACGAUUAUUUACGAACCAUCUUCACAGAGCUGUUUGAAAAGAAAGGCUACACCUUUGACUACGCCUAUGACUGGGUCGGCAGGCCAAUUCCUACUCCGGUGGGAUCUGUUCACGUAGAUUCUGGAACAUCUGCAAUAACAAGAGACAGCCACAUCCACAGGGAUCGACCAUCGCAGCAGGCCCUUCGCAAUCAGGCGUCAUCAGAUCGCCGAGGGGAGUGGGAGAUCCAGCCAAGCCGGCAGACGAAUACCUCGUACUUGACAUCUCAUUUGGCUGCAGAUCGACACGGAGGAUCAGUACAGGUGGUGAGCUCGACCAAUGGGGAGCUGAACGUGGACGACCCGACGGGGGCACACUCCAACGCACCAAUAACAGCGCAGGCGGAGGUGGAGGUGGUGGAGGAAGCUAAGUGCUGCUGCUUCUUUAAGAGGAAACGGAAGAAGACGGCUCAGCGUCACAAGUGACCAGUGCCUCCUGGGCCUUGCAGGAACCACCACGCCUGCAGCUCCUGCCCUGUCUCACUGGAAGGGGCUUCUCUUUAGGGGGGAGGAGGAGGCACAGGAGGAAGAGAGAAAAAAAAAAAAAGUGACAUUUUAAACCAAAAAGAGAAGAAAACGUUCCAAAACAAACCACUCUGGGGUGGAUCUGCUGAACGGUCUCCCUCGUUCACUCCAAGCCUGAAGCUCCUUUUGGGACCAGGACUGUGGCUGGCUCAGGUCUUGGUCGCCCUGGGAGGGGGGCUGGCUGGCUGACCCUCCUUCCCGUUGUUUACGGCGAAGGCAUCGUUCACGCAAACCUGAGGACUGUGCUUAGUUCCUGCUCACUUUCCUUCCCUCCCUCCCCUGCGCUCUCUGCUCCUCCGUCCUCCUCCCUCCUUAAUUAAGCGAUGAAAUACCCUAGGCUCGAUUGGCUGUCGAGAGGGCGGGAGGAUGCGGUGCGGGCAGGAGAGGUGCGUGGGAGAAGGGCCUGACUGCUACAGCAGUAAGAGACAGGUUCCCUUUUCGGCUCCUUGGGAACAGUUACACUGUAAUGUGCAAGCUGUGAGAAAUUUGCAAUCUACUGUUCCAGUUAGGUUUUUUUUCCGGCUCCCUUGACACCUCCCUCCUCCGACGGUAACAGAGCAAUGUGGAUUGUUUUAAAGAA